UGUCAUUACUGUCAAGGAUAAUGUUAUCGCCGGUAUAUCGCUCUUUAUUUUCCAAGAUUCCGAACCCAUCACGUAAAGUUUUACCAUUCGUUCAAAUUCUACAACACCGUUCCGCUUCCUUUAAAAACAUGACGUCGCCAGCGAAGUGGAAAGUCGAGAAAACCAAGAUUUUAAACAUGCCGUUAGACGAAAAAAGAAAACUUUACGCGUCGCCAGACUACGUAACUCUCGAGAGUGUUUCCCCUUGGGAUGACUGUAUUAGAACGCAAAAGGGUCUCGAGUCCAAGAAGCAUAAUCUGGAAGACUUGGAAGUAUUUCAGAGGGCUAAAAUUGACAACGAGAAGAACACUGAAUUGAUCAGAAAGGUCUCAAUUUACAAAGGGGAUAUUACGAAACUUGAAGUAGAUGCUAUAGUGAACGCAGCUAAUUCUCUUCUAAAGGCUGGUGGAGGUGUUGACGGAGCUAUCCAUAGGGCUGCUGGACCUCUAUUACAGCAAGAAUGCAACACCCUGGGAGGCUGCCCUACUGGUCAGGCCAAGGUCACUGGAGGCUAUAACUUGCCAGCUAAAUAUGUCAUCCACACAGUGGGCCCUCAAAACGGCUCAGCACCAGACCUCCUAUCCUGCUACGAGAAAUGCCUAUCCUACGUAAAGGAAUACGACAUUAAAUCCAUCGCUUUCCCCUGCAUCUCAACUGGCAUCUACGGCUUCCCUAACCGUCUAGCUGCCCACAUCGCUUUGAAAACUGCGAGGAAGUUUCUAGAAGAGAAUCCGAAGAUGAACCGAAUCAUUUUCUGCACUUUCCUGCCGAUUGAUGUUGAUAUAUAUGAAACUUUGAUGCAGAUGUAUUUUCCUAUGUACGAACGGAGAUAUAAUGAUGGGGCUAGUGUGACUGAAUAAGUGAGAAAAAACUGAAAAUUAUAAGCCAGGAUUUUAUACUUUUGGUAUUGCAGAGCAGCUGAAAAUAUACAUUUGUCAAAAAAUUUGUUGUUGAAAAUUAUCAUCUCAAAGAAAGAUCUUUGAGAUGAUAAUUUUAGAAUCUAGCAUAAGCAAGAUAGUGGUACAAGAGAGAGAUAAAUAAUUUUGAAUUUACGCUCCUCUCCCUAGCGUGCGUAGCCACGUUGCCAAUCGUUUACGAUCUAUAGCGAACGAAAUGCAACUGUCUCUGUCGCACUAAUACGGAAGAGUAAUAGAGAGAGAUUACUGUAUCGUACGAUAUGGAGCGCACGAUUGGCAUCUUGACUAGGCACCCUGAGCUCUCAAGUUCACAGCUAAACACAAGCCAAAAGCACCGCAUUUGCGCGUUGCAUAUGUAAAAGAAUACAUUAAAUAUAUGUGUGUAUGUGCCGUGGAGGGGUGUGCAUUUUAAAAAUGGUUUAUUUCUAAGAGGUCAAGUAAAUGUUAGUGACAUAUAUGUAGCUGGUCUAUGUUUCAUAAAAAUAACCAUAAAAUUUGUUAUGAAUUUACUAAGUACCCACACUAAAGGCGUAUCCAGACUAGUAAAUUUUUCGCCAAUCUGUUUAAAUUGUCCGAUCGAAUCAGGACGUGCGGACGCAAACGCUAAUUUGGCUCGCCGAUAAUGACCGAUAUUACCGUUAAAAUGACGUGCGGACGCAAGAAUACCAAUUUGUGACGCCAGUAUUUUCGUUCUGGGGCAUUUUUUCAAUUUUGAGGGCUCUAAUAUCACCAUCAAUCUAAAAUUGGAGAUUGACGCCAGUUUCAUUUCUGAUUAAAUCGGUCGAUUUGAUCAUCCCGUCUGGAUAUUUUGAUCACCAGUGUUGCUUAAUUUUUAAGGCAUAUUAUCACAUCAACAUAUGCUUGGCUUUUUAUUUUUUUUGGUAUGUUUGUUUUUUAAUUGUUGCAUGUUUUACUACUUUUAAGAUUGGUGUAACCAUUUCAUUUUAAUCUCGAAUGUCUUUUUUAUAAUUAUUACAUUUAUUACCUAUAAUGAAACGUUUACAUGUUA